AUGGCGGAAUUUGGGGGACAUUACAUUAAGUUCGACAGAGUCAUAUCUGGGGAUCUCUGUCAAAACGGAAUAUUCAACCUCAAGGGAAUCAGAGUUAAACGCUUUCUCAUGUGGUUGCCUAUCGGCAGUGUGAGAACAGAUCCUUCUCCUGGUAAAAACAUUCACUUCCAGGUUGGACCCUUCACAGCGUCCCUCCCUGCAAAGGAGCUGUGGGAAUACAAAUUCUGGGCACCGUCCUUCAAUAAAGCUCCUGAGCCACCCAGCCCCUCUAGGUGCCCGCCGCCUGUUCUCCACCUUCCGCCACUGGCCACCCGCUUCCAUUCAGCCACUGCUUUGUAUAGUGUCAAAGCCGCGUCAAGUGGAUCAACAGUGAUAGAAAGGGCAUGA